AUGAUUAAAUAACUUUAAGUUGAUGAGGAAUAGAAGAAACUCCAAAAUAACAGUAGUGGCCAAGCAGAUUAAAUAAAAAGUCCGGCAUCUAAUUAAUAAAGAUUGGAUAGUGGUCCAGAUGCUCCAAUUCAAAAAAUGACUCCUUCGGCCUCUCCUUUAUUAAGGAACAAUAAACCUUUAUUGGAGUCUAAAUUGGAUGAGCCUAUUAACCCUGCUGUCACUCCUUUUUAAUAAUCUUCAAAGAAAAUUCAAUUUACGGGUGUGAGAUCGGAAUAAACAAUAUAAAAAUCACCAGUUGAAAGAAUACCUUAUGAGAAAUAUCAUAGAAAUGGGAAUGUUAGUUUACAAUAAUUGAAUCUACCUUAAUUGCCUGGAUAUAAAUUAGAAUUUGGUCCAAUGUUUUUGAUUAUAAUGGGAUUAUCAUUUCCAUUUGGAAUACUUCUAGCUUAUAUUAGCAGUGAAUUUGAUUCUGGAACAUUUACAUUUGUAAAUUGCUGGCUUUUGAUUGGAUUGUUUACACUGUCAUUAAUUCAACAAUUAUAUACUCAUAAAAAUGGUUUAUGCAAUUACAUACUCUCUAAAACAGAAUUAGAUUUCUGGAAUGAACAAAAAUUUAUUAAAAUUAUGUGGGGUAUUAGGAUAGUAUUAUUAAUUGUAAACUUAUGCUUAACAAUUUAUUAUGGUUAUUCAGUUUGGAAUGACAAUAUUAGUGAUUCAAUCAUAUCAAUAUUUGUGUUUUUAACUAUACUCACCUUCUGCAAUAUGAUAUUUAUAAUUUUUAUCUUCUAUGCCAUCAUCCCAGUUAGUAAUAAAUAGUUGGUGGUUAUCAAAGAGAGAGUAGACAGAAUUCAAAGAAUGUAAGAAAAUAUUCAAGUGCCACUUUCAUUUUAAUUUUGCAACCAGAUACUUGGAGUAUUCCAGCAUGGAUCUGAAGGCAAUAUCUAUUAAAGCACCAUUGCUUCGUAAAAUUACUAAAAGUUUGUGAAUGAGGUCGAAGAAAGACAAAGAGAACUACUUAGAGUUGCAAGUUCCAGAAAUGAUAAACUGACCCAUGAUGCCAACGAUUUCGUUAAUAAAUUGACUAAACAAUUAAAAGAAAAAAAAGACGAUCAAAUGAAGGUUUAGAGAAUGAGCAAUCCAGGAAUUGCCCCCUUUGAUAUCCUGGUCAAUUAUGUUUCCUUCUUUUUUUUAUACUGCAUAGGAUUCCCAAUGUUUCUUUACUUUGCCAUGGCAUAUUAGGAAGUUAAAAAUGACUAUUUGCCUUUGUUAUUCUUCCUCUAUCCUUUCUCUCUUUACGUAUGGAAAAAAUUCACCUUAUGCUUUUUUACAAUGAAGUAAUUCGUCGAUUAUAAUUACGAAUCAAAAAUUGUCAUAUUAGGAGUAACUGGAUAUAGGAUAGGGACUAUGUCUGUCUAAAGAUUGGGAGUCGGAUAUUUUAUAUAAUUUCUAAUAAUCAAAUUCGUUUGCAAAAUUCUUUAUUAUUGGAUUAUUGUAUUUGGAUAUUAUUUUAAUUUGGAAUAAAGGAAAUAGAUGUACAUGAAUUACAUCAGAGGCAGUGUUGUUGAUAAUUCACAAUAAAAGAAUAAAUUAUAAACCAAGAAGACUGGCACUCUGAUUCAAUCUGCAGCUUAAGUGAAAGACAAGAGGCAAUCUCUUUAUGAAGCCUAAGAAUAAGAAACGCCUUCCUUCACUAAAACGGCUGCCAAUUGGAUUCAUGUCGACAACAUUGAAAACAUCAAAAAAGCCUUGGUUACAAAAUAAAUAUUUGGAUUUGUAUUACAAGAAGUAUUUGAAAUUGUAAUUGCCCUUUUAUUUGUUGUGUUGAGUUCAAUCUUAUAUAACGAGAAGUAGUAAUCUUAAAAAUGGUCUACUUUUGAUGUAAAUGACGAUGAACAUCAAGUAUUUCAAUUAGAAAUUGGACUUGAAAUACUUGUCGAGUUUGCUUUCUGCAUUAUUACAAUUGCCUUUUACAUAAAGCAAUUAAAAAUCCCAAACACAUACAGUUUUUUUUAAUAAAUACAACACAUCAUAGGAAAUGACGGAUUGAAAUCCUUAAUUUAUGACUAUUGUUUCGCAAUUGUCGUUUGUUUUUUAAUAGUAGGAAAUAAAUUUGAAAUUAAAUGA